AGAUAUGAUGGCACUGAUUUUGAUACUUUGCACCUUGUUGCCAUUGGUUACAGCAGGGAAUGAUCACUAUGGUAACAUCAUCAAGUCUAUGCCACAACUUCUACAACAUGAUUCAGAGUUAGACAAGUUAUCUUUAUCUAAUGACUUUGAUAUUAGACACCUGUAUUCAAAGUUACUGCAGGAAGGACAAUAUGGCAGAUUUUUAGCAGGAGCAAAUAUAUCUGAAGUAUGUUUACAAAAUUUGAAUGCAACUAUAAGGGCUGCAAUAAUUACACGGGAAACAUGGGCAUUAAGAUUUUUGGAUGCCACAGGGAAGAUACCGUCUGGCAUUUUAAAUGGAAAUAUAUUCUGGAUGGGAGAAUAUGAUGAGUGUGUUAACUCUACUGCCACCAUUAUGACUGGACCUAAUUCAUCAGUGCCAACUCAUCCGUUCAAUGGCCAGUAUUGCAAACUUGGCAUACCCCUCGGAGCAACAGCACCAUCACUUGCUGGAAUGGGGGAGGCAGAAAUACCAAUUGGGGAUUUACAGUUAGGUGUCUGUAUGCCGAACACAUGUUCUAGAUCAGACGUGCUGAUCAUCUUUAAUUCAGUAUUAGGCCUGGUGCCCUUCGGGAACACCACAUUACAUGCAGAUGUAGCAGUGUGCUAUGAUGGUAUCAAACUUGACACCAAAGCAAUAAUAUCAAUAACUGUUCUCAGCUUUCUAGGAUUGAUUGUUGUCAUAGGAACCAUAUAUGACGUGUUUGUUAUACAUCGGCUCCAUGCUUCACAAGAUUAUGAGCAUCUUGAUGAAACAGAACCCCUGGUUCCUGGGCCUGAAGAUCACAAUUCCAGCCGGAAUAUUAAAUUCCGUGGAUAUAGUAGCAUACCCGCGGAGGGUGAUGGUCACAGCAACGAGGGAAAGAGUAACAUACAGGAGGGGGAUGAAAUUGGUAUUUUGGAAAUUGGGAUCGGUGGAAGAGUUCUUCAAGCAUUCUCCCUGUACACUAAUGGUUCCAAGCUUCUCAGUACAAAAUCUGGUGUGGGCACAUUAGGGGCUGUAAACGGGAUCCGGUUUCUCAGCAUGUCGUGGGUUAUUCUCGGACAUUCAUACGCCUUCCUGGCAGCUUCAGCUAAAAAUAUUUAUCCAUUUAUACAAAGUCAUGUAAAAAUAUUCAGCUUCAUGACCAUUUUGAAUGCUACAGUUGCCGUGGAUACAUUUUUCUUGUUAAGUGGACUUCUAGUAGCAUAUCUUUCACUGAAGGAGUUAAGGAAGGUUGGUGGUGUGAAGAAUUUCAAGUGGGGAAUGUUUUAUUUUCACAGAUUCUGGAGGUUAACACCAACAUAUGGUCUGAUAAUGUUAUUAUACAUACCACUGUUAAGAUAUGUCUCAAAUGGUCCAUUCUGGUCACAGAGAGGAACAGAAAAAGACUUUUGUGAAAAUAAUUUCUGGAUGAACCUACUUUAUGUUAACAAUCUGUUUAAGUCACAAGACACUGGUGGAGUUUGGGGUUACAAGGGAACAUUUCUUUUAUGUCAGCUAAAGUAUUUUUGGUUAUUUUAUAUGCUUUUGAUUUCAAUAAUUUAUCUUUCUUUCAGCUCCAGUAUUUUUGGUGGUUUGGUAUGCUUUGGGUUCCUUAUUACAAGUUUCACCGUUACUGGAGUGCUAACAUCACAUUACUACUUUCCUAUGAACAUCAUUGGAGUAGGUGGAGAUCCAGGAAAUACAGGGAAAUUUUUUGACACAAUUUACACAAAGCCAUAUUGUCGUAUAGGACCAUACAUAGUGGGCAUGAUAUUUGGAUAUAUCAUGUACAAAACUGACUGCAAGAAGCGAAUAUCCAGGUUUCAGAAUUUGCUUGGAUGGUUGGUUGCUACAGCAUGUUGCCUGUCAACACUGUACGGUAAUUUUGACAGUAUCAGGGGUACACAUAUACCUAGCAAGGAAGAGAAUGCCCUGCACAAUGCUUUAAGUUCAUCUGUAUGGGGUCUUGGUGUUGGUUGGGUGGUGUAUGCUUGUGCCACUGGCUAUGGAGGGAUAAUAAAUUCGUUUCUGUCAUGGAAGUUAUUUAUACCACUGAGCCGACUGACGUAUAUCUCUUACCUCAUCCAUCCGGUCAUCAUGGAGAUAUAUUACAUGUCCAAACGAGACCCGAUAUAUAUCACUGACUUUGAUGCGGUAUAUUUCUUCUUUGGUCACCUUAUAAUGGCAAAUGGAGCAGCAUUUGUGCUUUCCCUUCUGUUUGAAUCGCCAUUUAUGGGUUUGGAGAAAGCAUUCUUUAGAAGACAAAGGAAACAUUAAAUAAUUGAUGACUUUAAUAUGACAGGCGGUCACAAAGAUUGUUCUUUUUUUUCCUCAAUGAUACACUAUAAUGUCAUUCGAAUAAUGUGACAACUCUUUUGUUUAGAUAAUUUGUAGAAUUUGUUGUGUUUAAACUAAUUGAACUACAUUUGUAUUUAUGAAUAUAUAUGUAUUAAUAGAAAUAUUCAGUCCAUUUAGGCAGUAUGUAUUAAUGUAACAUCAGCUCUCAUGAAAUCAUGAUUUAUGUACAUGUAUAUCUUCUAAUUAUUGAGUUAUUGGUUCUUUCAUGAAUUUGUGUGAUCAUUAACCAUUACCACACCAAACAUUCGACUUUUCCAUCUUCCAAUUCAGUUUACAAAACAAUAAUUUUUUAGAAAAUUUUCUAAAAAUGUACUGACUGAAAAGCAAACAGUACAGACCAUAAUAAGAGGGUCUGACCGGCCUACACUGGUCACAUGGGUAAAAUCUGAGGCUGCUAACAGGUUAAGGAUUAAACAAAAAAUUAGGAGUGAUUUGACUUCUUUAUUUUAUGACCUAAAACUGGUCUCACUUUUAUAGCAUACUUGCAGGUAUUUGCCGUCUGACAUAUAGAGCAUACGUGAUGGGCCAGAUGAUAUUUUAGCCGCGUCAUGACAAAACCAACGUAAUGCAUUUGCGACCAGCAUGGAUCCAGACCAGCCUGCGCCUCCACGCAGUCUGAUCAGGAUCCAUGCUUUUCGCUUACAAACCCUAUUACAAGUAGAGAAACUGAUAGCGAACAGCAUGGAUCCUGAUCAGACUGCGCGGAGGCGCAGGCCGGUCUGGAUCCAUGCUGGUCGCAAACGCACUAUGUUGGUUUUGCCGUGACGCGGCUCAUUUUAAUCUAUGACUGAAUUACCUCUAGUGACAGAAAUUUACUUUUUUUAUUUUCAUUUUUGAUCCCCAAAUCAUUUAUUCUGUUUUACUAAUUCAUUUCUUGUUAUUAUAAAACUUUUUUUUUUUUUUUUUUAAUUUUUGAUCCCUUCUUUUGUUCUGUUUUACUUUAAUUAAUUUUUUUCCAAUAUUGAGGUGAAUGUUUUUUACAGAUAUUAUUCAUGUAUUAUAGGUUAGAUUUAUUUUUAUAGAACAAAUUAGAUCUUUCUUUUUGAUUAUAAAUUAAAUUUAUUUUUAUACACAGAAUAUUUUAUGAAAGCUUAAAGGAACACCACUCUAUUUAUAGAAUUGCAUGUUUCUUUUUAUAUACAUAUAUAAAUGAGUAUAUUUAUAUAUACAAAAUAAAUAGACAAAACUAAUGUGACAAGACAGACCGAUUAAAUUUAUAAAACGGAAACGUUAAGAUUUGUUCAAACAUUUCUUUGUUUGCUUUUGGAAAAAGUAAAAAGUCGAGCGUUGCCCCCACCCAGCGGUGGCUCUUGUUAUGAUUUUAGGCUUUUAGACCUCAUUGGUGUUAUACAAAUAAGAAUUUUGAGAUUUUCAAUUAUAAAAAGCUUGUGCAUGUAGUUUAAUUGUAAAAAUUAUGAAAUGUGUUAGCAUUUUACCACUUACAAAUGGUUGUGUAGUUAGUUGCUUAGUUGUUUGUAUUGAAAAAUUUUACACUUUAAAAGUUUACUAAUGAUAAUCACAUAUUUACCAAUUGUACAGUGAUAGAUGUGAGUUGUUAUAAACAGCUUACUGCAAAAAAAUUAUUAUUUGUGGGACACUAAUUUUUGUCAAUCCACAAAUUUUAGGUACAACGAAAUCUUAUUUUGUCUGCUGUAAGAUUAUUUUGCAUCCCAUUAUUUACAUUUUACCUUUUGGAAAAAUAAACAGUCCACAAAUUUAAGAUCCCAUGAAAAUGUUUUUUAGACAAAACCACAAAAUUUCAUGCCGGCAAAAUUAAGUGAAUCCCCAGAGAGAAUGAUAGUAACAGCUUUGCCAUUUAAUAUGGAAGAUUUAAUAGCAGAAUUUAACAGAAGAAUAAAUAUAGAUCUCAAAAGCUCAUGUACAGAAUAACAGUAUCAAUUUUGCCAUGGAUAUAAGCAUGUGUACAAAGUUAUAAGUUUGGGGUUUUUUUUGGAAGAUUUUUAUGAUUUUGUAAUUUAAAGAAAACCUGACUUAUAUAUGUGAUCUCAAAAGCUCAUCUAAUUUCAAACAUUCUACAUACAAAAAUAUGAAAACUUUAUCAACCUUUAAGUAAUAUGAUUUAUAUAAUUUUAAGGAGCUGUAGAUUUUUUAGAUUUUUAAACUUAAAAGAUUUGUAGAAUUUUAUUGGUGUGCAGAAUUUUUGUUAAGUUUUAUAAUCAUAAGAUAUGAGGUAUAGAUAUGUAGAACUGUAUGGAUCUUUACAAUUUUGAAAUAUUUAUAGAAUUUUAUGGAUUUUUCAUGUACAUGUAUUUAUAAACCUUACAAGCUUGUCUGUGUCUGAUAUAUACAUUACUAUAGAUCUGUGGAAUUUAAAUGAUCUGUAGAAAUCAUAUUCCACCUAAUUGCCAUGCUUAGACUGACUUAUCUCAUGUAUUCCAGUUAAAAGUUUCAACACAAAAGACUUGUAACACAAUUUGUUUUGAAAAGAACAAGUUAAGUAAGUCUAACUUUGAUUGUUAGACUUUCAAUAAUACAACAUGUACAUUCCUUCAUAGUGUUAUAUUUUUUUCAUAGUUUUAAGUUUUUUGUUGUUGUUUUUUUGUGUUUUUGUUCUUAUUACUAUUUUUUAUGAUUAUUUGUUACAAUAUGGGCAUCUUUUAUUUACAGCUUUACUUAUAGAUCUUUACUCAUUGAUCUUAUACAUUUUAAAUCCAGCAAAUGAAUAUUUCUAGCUGUAUCAGGGACGUACAAACAAGAUAUUUUUUUAUUAUACAUUUAAAUCAGUUUGUACAGAUUGUCAUUUGUAAGGACAAAAGUUGUUGGUAUCGUCUAUUGUAAAUGUCAUCUUUUGGUGCCUCAAGUCAAAUGGUCAGUUAUUUGAUGUAUAUCAAUCUAGAGGAAGUCCAGUCUGUAUUGUCAUUCUGUCUCACCAAACAUUUAUUCUGCUUGCUGGUAAAAAUUUCUCAUAUUAACAUUGUUAAUGUAGAAAUAUUAAAGAUAAACAAAACAACUUAUUUACUUACUGACGUUCCGGAUUACACCUUCAUCAGGAUAAAUUUUAAAACAAAACGAUGGACAUGAAGCAAUAACAGUAAAUGAAUGUUAGAAGACUGAAAUAUGCAUAUUUUAUAGAAUCUUUUAUAGAGGAUAUUUGUUUGUUUUGCGUGUAAGAUUAAAAUAUAAUUUCACUGAGUGAACACCAGAUGCAAUAUUUUCACGAGUGGCGUAGCCACGAGUGAAAAUAUAAUAGCUGGUGUUCACGAAUGAAAUAUAUUUCAAUCUUAUAUGUAAAACAAAUAAAUUUUCUUUUUAUUUCAUGCGUUUUAAGUGAUUUUAAGUAAUUUUUACUGAUUUUGCCGCGUAACGUCGCGCAUUCUCCUUCGUGACGUCAUCACAUCAUGACGUCACAUCAACAAGUUUGAAAUAUAGUUCUUUUAAAUUUCUCUAAUUUUGUUACAUUUUUAACAUAAUGUAUGGUGACAUCGCCUUUCUUUUCCGAAAUAAGCAAAAUUUACGCAUGACGGCAUUUAUUUUUGCCUGUUAUUCCAUUCAGUUUUGAUUUUCUUUUCAUCCGCAUUCAGAUAUAGUCCGGCUACAGUGAAAAUUAUAUUUUAUAAAUUUCACUAGUGGUUUAUCAGAAUAUAAUCAUUUGAUAUAUUACAAUAAAACACUGGAAAGCAUGAAAUAAAAUGUAAUUAUACAAUUAACAUUGUUACAAAAGUAAAGUACUAUUUUGGAUAUAGAAAUACUACAAUUUCUUUUAUAUUAGCACUUUAUCUAAUUAAGGAUAGAAGAGGGGGAAAAAAUCCACCUUAUUACUGGACUUAUAUUUUACCCUACAACAUAUAGAUAUAUAAUAAUUAUAAUGGAUGGGUCCUACUAUGAAAUGGGAACAGUCCAUUGAUAGAUUUAGGGAUUUCUAUUUCAAAUACUGAAGAGUAUUAUAGGGACUGGUCAGAUUGGAUGAAAGUGCAUGCUGGUCUGGCUCUAGACUGGUGGUUGAUUUGUCAUUUUUUAAUUUUUUCUGGAGGCAUAAUUUUUUUGUAAUGUUGAAAAAUGGUAUAUGUAUAUGUAGUUGUUAUAAUUGGAGAGUAGAAAAAAACAACAUGUUAUUAUUGUGUGUUGCCAGCAAAUGUAUGACCCUUAUCUUUUAGUUAUAUUGUGAUAGGACGAAAGUUUUAGAAAAUAUUUUUUUAUAGAAUUUAUAAAGUAUAAACCCGGUGGCAAAGUGGUCUGUAUUAUUUAUACAUACGUAUAAUUAAGACUGAAGAAUAUGUCAUCAAUGGAUUCAGCAUUAAAUAAUUAAAUUUUUAUUAAUAGGAGAGGUGGUCCCAAUAACAGGGCUUAUUUCUUUGGAUAGAAAGACAAAUCAAGUGAUCAAAAUUAGUUCUUAUAGAGUUGGAUAGUUUGUGAAAUAGAGUGGUCGAGAGAAGGGACUCUUCUGUACAGUCAAUUUGAUUUUUCCUAAUUAUAAUUUGCUUUAAAUUUUUUAUGUAUGUACAUCACAUUUAGAGAUCUGUAUAUUGUUUUUAUUUUAUGUGAUUUUUUAUUCAAAAUGAUCUGAUUUCUAUUUUGUGUAUAAUUACCAUUGAAUAUUUCAUAUGAUACUAUACUAUGAUGCUUUGUAUCCUUUAGGUUUACUUUUGGACUGUCGGUGGUCCUACUAGGAUGCCCACUUAUACCUUAAAUAAUGUAGAAAGGGACAUCAUUCUGAGAUUUUCUUCCACCAGUAAAGCUGGACAGUCACCUUAUGACCUUUACAGUGUUGAUGCAACUUAAAAAUCCAACAAAAUAAAGCAUCCUUUCUGUAAAAAUUGAUCUGAUAUCAAACAGCAUGUUAAUGUGAAUCUCUUCGACAAAAUACACAUAAUUGUAACUUUCUUUUCAAUAUUUAUCUUCCUUUAGCUUUUUUUUUAAAUUGACCGCCUCAUUAAUGAUUUCAACUGGGAAGUAUAUUUUUCACUACAGCUUGACUUGCAAAACUUUCUAAAUUUCUAAAAAAUCAAACAUUUUACUUUCUAAAUUAAAUUUUUUAUUCAAUGCAUAUUUUCACAUGCGUAUUUAGUUAGAAUGCAACAAAGAAUAUACCAAUUAUUAGUUUUAUCUUGUUUUAAGCUUUUGGAAUGUUUUUAAUUUUUUAUGUUAUGUCUUAAUUGUUCAAAAAUAAUUAAUAUGUAAGGUUGUAAAAUUUCACAGAACCACAUAUAGAAUGUGGUUUAUUGAGUCACAGUAACAAUGUUAUAUUGGAUGUUUUUUUUUCAGCCUUUAGAAGGAAGUUAGUGACUUUUAUUACUACAAUGUAUAUUAUUUUCAUGUAUAGCUUGUAGACUGGAAAUUAUCUGUGAUUUUAAUGUGAUAGUGUAGUUUGUUUGGAGUGUGUUUUCUCUUGUUAGACAGCCUCAUGCUGUUAUUAUAUUAUAAUCCUGCUUGUUUACAGACCAUGCGAGUCUGUCAUAAAAUUGUUCUUUUUAUUUCUUUUAGACUCUUCUGAUAAUGAUAUUGUUUAUUUACAUGGAAAUAAACCCUCGGAAUAAAUCAAAUUACCAUAGUCUAGUA